CAAUUGGGGUUCCAUCUCUGCAACCGACGCGGACAUUAGAAGAAACUCAGUAUAGUAAAGUAAAUUAAUUAAUUAACCAGCUAAAGGCAGACAUCACGCCCAAAGUACAUGGAGAAUGCCGAAAAAGACUGAAUUCCACACCGCGCAAGGGCAAGUGCAAUAAACGCCGACUGCGACGAUCAAAGAACGCAAUAUAGAAAAAGUGAGACACACGAAAAAAACCCAUUUCGCUGCCUGUGUGUAAAUGCAAAUGGUUUAUUUUUGUGCAGCAACAACAACAACACAACAUCAGCAGCAGCAGCAACACAGAGGCAGAAAAGGCGAAAAUAACUAGUAAAGCUAAAUAUGAAUAAAUGUGUAUGUGUGCGGGUCGCGUUAAAGAAAAUUAGAUAAAAAGCCAAAUGAAAUUAGCUCACGCCUGAAUUUCGAGUUUCGGUUCGGUGCAAGGUGAACGAAAAGGCGAAAAGCAAUCAAAACAGUUUUUCCAUUUUCCCAGUGUGCGUGUGCAGUAGCAAAACCACCUGCAUUGGUUAUAUAUAUAUAUGCGGUUAAAAAAAUAACAAAUUGCAACGUAAAAAACGGAACUUGCACCUAGGAUAUAUACACACACAUGCUGGCUGUAUGCGUGUGUGUGUGUGCAUGGCCGUAAAGGCUGACUGACUGAUAAAAAAGGAAACAAAAAAAUAACAAGAAAAUAAAAUAUACACAUACACACACACACCAACGCAGCGGGGCACCAAUACCUCGGCACAAUUUCUUGGAGGCAGCCUGCCAUACAGAAGCACAAGAAAGCCAUUGCCGAAGCCACCGGGAGGGCGAAGAACCUGAACCUGGCGAGAAUUGCAGGGACCCAGAAGAAUUGUAGACACAUUCGUGCCGUUGCGAGAACCCUUCCAAUGUCCAAUAAAAUCAACCCGAAGCGCCGCGAACCGACAGCAGCAGCAGCAGGAGCCGGUGCCACGGGAGUGGCCACCAACACGAGCACCUCGACCGGAUCCUCCAGUGCCGGCAACACGUCCUCGGCCAACACAUCCUCGUCGUCCAGCUCCUCGCUGUCGUCCGCCGGUGGCGGUGAUGCGGGCAUGUCCGCCGACUUGACCUCGCUGUUUGAAUGCCCCGUGUGCUUUGACUAUGUGCUACCGCCGAUCCUGCAGUGCUCCAGCGGGCACCUGGUGUGCGUGUCCUGUCGCUCCAAGCUCACCUGCUGCCCCACCUGCCGCGGUCCGCUGGCGAAUAUCCGCAACCUGGCGAUGGAGAAGGUUGCCUCGAACGUCAAGUUCCCGUGCAAGCACUCCGGCUACGGAUGCACCGCCUCGCUGGUUUACACGGAAAAGACAGAACACGAGGAGACGUGCGAGUGCCGGCCCUACCUGUGUCCGUGCCCGGGCGCCAGCUGUAAGUGGCAGGGCCCGCUUGACCUAGUCAUGCAGCAUCUGAUGAUGUCGCACAAGAGCAUCACAACGCUGCAGGGCGAGGACAUCGUGUUCCUGGCCACCGACAUCAACCUGCCCGGCGCCGUCGAUUGGGUAAUGAUGCAGUCCUGCUUCGGCCACCAUUUUAUGCUCGUGCUGGAGAAGCAGGAGAAGUACGACGGACACCAGCAGUUCUUUGCCAUCGUUCAGCUGAUCGGGUCGCGCAAGGAAGCGGAGAACUUUGUCUAUCGCCUGGAGUUGAACGGAAACCGACGCCGGCUCACCUGGGAGGCAAUGCCGCGUUCGAUCCACGAGGGCGUCGCUUCCGCAAUUCACAACUCGGACUGCCUGGUGUUCGACACGUCGAUUGCGCAAUUGUUCGCCGACAAUGGCAACCUGGGCAUUAACGUGACCAUAUCUCUGGUCUAAACGCACUGUCAAUUCGUCGGGUUCUUUCAUUUCUUGUGUUUACUAUUCCGAUACAAAUACAUAUAUAGUUUAUAGCCCUCUGUUCGCAUCAGGCGUCUAACUCGUGGACAGAUUGUGAGUCUGGAGAUUAAGAAGAAAGAGUUUUGCAGAGUUGUUUUAUAAAAAUGAUUCUCUAUUCUAAGAGCCACUUACAUGCAUAUGUAUAUAUAUCUAUGGAAAUAUCAGGCUGCUUCGAUUAUCACAUUCGGCACGAUAUCGCAGUUUUCUUUGAUUUUUAAGCUAAGACACUCACAAUUUUCCAAAGCGAAAUGGAAAGCGUAUUAAAGCAAUUGCUAAGUGAUGUUCAGUGUUUAUUGCACACGUUCGUUAAACCUGUAAAACCGCGUUUAAAAUUCGUAUUUUCAUUUUUAGUUUGCACAUGACUGUGUGUAAAUCUCACUCGUUUGCAGAAAAAUGCCAAAUAUUUUUGGUGAGAUUUCGCAGAUUUGUAUAACACACUUUCCUGUCGAAUGCGAAAAUCGUGGCUGACCUGUAUGUUUGUAUGUUUAAUCGGUUCGAUUGGUACUCUAGUUCUAGGACAUGAUUUUUCAGUUACCGCACACACAAUACUAUAUAUUUCAAAGUUUCAGUGUUACCCGUUUUGUUAGUUCAUGGGGUUCUGCUUUAGUUUAAUUUAGUUCGUAAGGUCCACACACCUGGAGCAGAGCUGCCUGCGCGUGCCCACGUGCCCACCACCUACUACAGUGAACGCUAGGAACACACAGACCCACUCACCAAAACGAGGAGAACAGCAAGAAAGGCGAGGAGGUCACUCAUCCACUCGAACAUGUACUGCAAAGUCUAGUUUAGUUAAUGUAAAUUAUUUUAUACAAUACUUGUAAAUGGUAAUAAGUAAAACGAACAGUUUAACGAAAUUAACAAACCUAAUAACCCACAAAGAAAAGUAAUAUUUGAUAGCGAUAAUCUGUAAUAACUCGAGAGUUGUUUGAAAGUUGCAGCCUAAACGAAACUGCGACCCGCAAUUUUGUUCAUGCCAAACCAUCACAAAAUAACAAAAACACACUAAAAAAAAAAGAAAACAUUUUUUUUCGCAAUGCUAAAAAGACAGUUGCCCCUUCCCAUUUCCCCCCAAGUCCCCCCAAACAUAUAAAGCAAUGUUAAUGUUUAAAUUUCUAUCUAGUUAAGACGAUCUCCCCGGUUUGGCUCAUGUUUUGGUUUUGAUUUCCAUUCGGCCAACGUUUCCCAAUCGAAAACGGAAGAAAAAUUAAUGAUUUUAAGCAUCUGCACCGUAAUUAGCUUUUAAUGCGCCGAUUUACCGCGCCACUACCAUAUGAGAUCACUCACACAGAC